CUCACGGGUAACUAGACUCUAGAGAUAUAGAACUAGAGAAGAAGAAGAAGUUUUCAAGUUUUGAGGUUAUAGGUGUCAAUGUACUUAUAAAUUUAAGAAUUAUUUUUUGAUUAUAUUAAUGAAAAAAAAUCUAUUAAUGUUUACACUUAUUUCCAAUUAAUAAACAUUAAAUAUGGACUAUCAAGAGGAACAGAAAAAUGAAAUCGAGGCGUUGGAGUCUAUUUAUUAUGGCGACUUUGAGAUUUUGUCCACUGAACCAACACAUAAGUUUUCAAUUCCAAUAAAAACGGAAGAAUUUGAAUCAGAUGCUUCCAAUGGACUAAGCUGUGACCUCGUUAUUACUUAUACUCCAAAGUAUCCUGAAGAAGGACCUCUUAUAGAACUAGAAAAUAUAGAAAAUUUUGAUAAUGAAUAUGAGCAGUUGCUGUUAAAUUAUUUAAGUGAGCAAAUAAAGGAGAAUUUAGGUAUGGUUAUGGUAUUCACCAUAGUUUCUAGUGCCCAGGAAUGGUUGAAUGUAAAAUGGGAAGAAAUUAAAAAGGAAAACGAAGAAAGGAUAGCGAAGAAACUAAAGGAAGAGGAAGAAGCAGAACAAAAGAGAUUUGAAGGAACAAGGGUUACUGUUGAAACUUUUAUGAGGUGGAAGAAAAUAUUUGAAGAUGAUCUAGGUAUAACAAAGAAAAAGGAACUACUAGAGAAAGAAGGAAAGAAACUGACUGGUAGAGAAUUAUUUAUGACUGAUAAUACAUUAAAUGAAUCAGAUCUCAAGUUCUUGGAUGAAGGAGAUGCAGUCAAAGUUGAUGAAUCACUAUUUCAAGACCUCGAAGAUUUGGAUAUUGAUGAUGAAGAUGAUGAAGAUUUUGAUCCUAAUAAUUGCCACAGUGAUUCUUCAGACUAAUAUAGUUAUUUUAAUUAUACUUAUUAAGUUUUUGCAAUAAAAUAUUUUGAAAAUA